AUGGUUCUGUCCGAUAAACAUGGCUCCGAGUACAAAUCUAUAGUGCAGGCACCUUCUCCUCAUCAUCACCAUCACCACUACCAUGCACCGGUGCAAACCUCGACUAACGGUGGUACUGGUCUAAAGGUAGCGGAGGGGUUUGUUUAUGGCACUGGGUGGUGGGAAGUUUGGUUUUGUUGUACUGAAGAUGAAGAGAGAGAGUUAAUUCAAGCACAUGAAAGACUUGGAAAUCAGUGGGCGGCGAUAGCUAAGUACAUUCCUGGAAGAACUAAAAAUUCAACAAAGAAUCACUGGAAUGCCACAAAAAGGAGGUAUAUUUCAAGGAGAAAGAUAAAGAAAGUAAAAGGACAUAGAAGACAGUCAACACUAUUACAAGAUUACAUCAUAAAAAAGUAUUUCAGUAAUGGUUCCACCUCCACUAACUCAAAUUCCGUUACCACCACCACUGCAGCAAAUCCGUCCAACGCCGGCACACCACUCUUUGAUGAUGAUGACUCUACACCCUUUUUCAGUUUCGAAUCAUGCAAUGACGAAAUGGAUUUUAUGAAAACCCUCUUUGAAAACAAUCAAUCUAUCGAUUCAAUUACAGUCGAUCAUUGUCAACCAAUGAAUCUAGCUGAAGGGACAUCUGAGAAUACUUAUAGCUUCAACAUUGAUGAAAAUUAUAAUCAUCCCAAUAUCUUCUUCACUUUCCCGGAGAUUUUACAGACAACUAAUUCUCAACUGCCUGCUAUAGAAUAUGUGGAAAAUGACGUAUUCCAUUCUGCUCCAAAUCCUACGGGGAAUAAAUUUUUCCCUUCUGAGAAUUCAGAUUUAAUCAUUGAAUUUAAUUCUAACUUUCGAAGCGUGGAAACUGAAGCUUCACAGAUUUAUCCUGAUGAGUUGUACUUUUCAUAUCAAUGGGAUGGAGGUAAUGUUGGAAAUACAAAUUCAACAACAAAUUUGCCAACAAUUGAUCAAGGUACAACCUUUGGAAGCACAAUGGAUAGGGAUUGA